CGUAUCAUUCCGCAACAGCUGAAAACAGAAAUGCCAAGAAUUGCCAGCUGAGUGGCAGGUGAUGAUCGUUGUGGCGUCCAUAUUGAUGGUUGAACUUGGUGCAUGGAGCGGCUCAUGGACGCAGAAGGCUUGACAGACGUCUUGGCAGGUCCUCCUCAAGACGACAACAAUGGUGGCAGCGUGGUGGAGUACAAGGGAUUCAGGCUGCGGAGGAGGGCCGUAACCGUCAAAUGCGGCGGCAAGGUCAGUCAGACAGACACAAAAACGAGCAACUGACCCGACGCCAUCAUCACGACGGGCAAGAACACUCACUCUCUUUCUCUCUGUUUCUCUUUCUCUCUCCGUGUGCAGCUGUUCGGCCUGCCCACGCUGGCGGUUAUGGUACUCAACGACGAGUCAAUGGCAGCACAAUCGUCAUCAGCACCAGCACCAGCACCAGCAGCAGCAGCCCCUCAGCGUGACGGACAGGCAUCUGGCGUGCCAUCGAGGAAUGAGGAUUCUGCUGCUGCUGCCGGUGCUCAAGGUGCUGCUGCUGAUAAUGCUGCUGUUGAUGAUGGUGCAUCCGAUAGCAGCAGCAAUGACGAUGAUGAUUCGGCCGAUGUCACCCUGUGUGAGAUUGACGAGUCGGGCAACAUUAUCAAUGCUGCGUGGACCUUCCCGGCGGACUACAACGACAAGCCUGGCUCAGACGAGGUCAGCACAGAUACACCAGAAGCACACAGUCCCUCACCUGCAUGGCAUUCGUGUGUCGGGGUCUCUUCGUGUGUCAGACCAAGGACGCGCCAUCGAAUGACGAGACGCUCUCAGGCACCAACCACGACGACGGCCAAGCACCGGUGUCCACCAACGCCCUUGCCCCCACCCUCCCCCUCCCCUCGCGCCAAGGCAGCAGUGUGGCGGCAGCAGGCCCACCGUCUUAUGAGUACGACCCAGAACUCACCGUUGAGACGCUCCAGAAGCUCUACCACCUGGGCCGGCAACGACUCAUCGGGCAGCAGAAGGCGUCUGCAGCCACACGCGUGUCAGCAUCAGGCUCGGCGGCUUCUAAGCUGGCCCGCUCCCCGCCCACAUCUCUGUCCCACUCCCUCUCACGAUCUAGAUCAGGGUCGCCGCACGGCGCGCAGCACCAGCACGGCCGCCGCAGGCGGGCGCAUGGCUGGACGAAUGACAAGGAGAGAGCACCGCUGGCGCGAAGGUCGUGAUCGUGAUCUUGAUCGAGGGGCUUCGUCGCGGUGGCCGUCGGGUGUGGCGUCUGGUGCAGACAGGCGGGGGCGGCCCGGCCCGAUGGAGCGAUGGCGCUGCAGCAGCGGGGGAGAGAUAUAUGGGAGCAGGGAGGCGGCAUGACCUCCUCAGAACAGACAGGACAGGUGUAUCUAUCUAUCCCUUCAUUUGUGUGCUGCUUAUCUAUCCAAUCCACUUACUUGCUCACUCUCUGUGUAUGUGUGUAUGCUAAGCAAUUGGCUGGAUGAAUCGGUAGGUCCCAAUGAAUGGGCUUUUAUGCCGAUUGACUGACGGUGUCGUGGGCAUGGCGUUUUUUGCCGGUCGGUGUUGACAGGCGCGGACGGAUUGUGUGCGUGUGUGUACAGAACAGACACAUGACUAUGACGCAAUGUGACGUGACCUACUGUGAUGUGAUGUCAUGUCCUCUGUAAUGAGAUGCCC